CUUCAGGCCGGUUCCAAACAGCUUCCGCAACCAGCCAACCAGUCAAUAUCGCCAUCGUGAGAGGUUGCUUGGUGAUAACCGGUAUCUGGAAAUAACUACCAGACCUUUAGCUAAAAGGAAUAGCAUCAUGGCUUCGAGCUCUAACAUAAACCCCUAUGAUAACUAUGAGUCUAGCAGGAUCGAAGAUGUCAUCGACCCGGAUGAUCUCAACGUCGAUGAUGACGACCCGCUCGAAGCAACCUCCGCUACCACCCCGCUAAAUCCCACACACCUCACCUCCGCCAUUCCCGGCGAAGACCGCCGUGCGCCAAACAACACCUUGGACGAAUCAAUCUGGGACACGCUUUCCCGCGAUGUCUUUGCCGUCUGGGAGAAGAUGAAAGCGGUCCUAUGGCCGAAGUUCACUUUUAAGAAGUGGCCCGACGCAAACGACGUUCUAGAGUCCGGCGGCGGCUUCGGCAACGGUGGGGGCAGAGGGGCUGCAGUUAUUGGGGAUUGGGACCUUUGGGGCCCAUUAGUAUUCUGCUUGGCUCUCAGUACGCUGUUGAGUUUUUCGGCGAGCGAUUCGCAGACUACGCAAGUGUUUGCUGGGGUUUUCUCUAUGGUUUGGAUUGGGGAGGCGGUGGUUACGGCGCAGAUUAAGUUGCUUGGGGGGAAUAUUUCUUUCUUCCAGUCGGUUUCUGUUAUCGGAUAUACGUUGUUCCCCGUCGUCAUUUGUGCUCUUCUCUCAGCUCUACAUAUCCCGGCUAUCGCCCGUGUUCCCGUAUACGCUGCCUUGUACCUGUGGUCCCUUGCCGCUGGGGUUAGUAUCCUAGGCGGCAGUGGUGUCGUAAGGAAUAGGGUCGGCUUGGCAGUUUUCCCCCUGGGCAUAUUUUACGGGGGACUAGUCUGCUUGUGCCUGGUUAGCUAGGUAUGAUGAUCCAUUAUUUGAUAGGAUAAUACUACCAAAUUGAUAGGGGUUCUCUCUUUUUUUCUUUUUCUUUUUCCUUUCAUCGUUUCCUUAAACAUUUCGAGGCUUCGCACAUGAUUACGCAGGACAAAGCGUGGCUUGUAUAUAAAUAUUCCUCAAUGGUGGCUCCUUUCUUUUUUCGUUAGAACGGUUUUCUAUGAGACUGAGUGGGUCUUGAAUAUCCUAUGAUUGAAGUCCGCUUGGGAUAGGUAUAGCGUAGUUUCUAGUGCCCAAGCAGGUUUAUGGUCCGUACCUCGCUCAUUUCCAUGGCGCACUAUAUAUUUCCUUCUACCCUCGCUACUGUUACGCAAUAUAUUGGCUUGGAGCUUAGAAAACUCCCUUGGCUAGAAGCUUUCUCGCA